AUGAACUCUGCUGACGACAAGCCCUCUGUCAACAUCGACGAGGCACCACCCUCGCAGCCGCAUCGAAAGGAACUCGACGUCACCCCGAUUCAGGAGGCUGCCGUUGAGGAUGCCUACCAUAUCAAGCUCGGCUGGAGAUCAUGGGUUGUGGUCUUUUGUACUUGCUUUGCCAUCAUGGCCCAGGUGUUUGUUGUGGUUGCAGCUGGAUCAGUCAUCGCAUUCAUCGUCCGUGACCUGGGUGACGGGGCUGUCGCCGGAUGGAUUAUCCAAGGCCCUUUGUUGAUGCAAAGCGUACUUUCGCCUAUUGUCGGGCGCCUUUCCGAUGUCCUUGACCGCAAGUAUCUCGCCUCAGUUCCGCCACUCAUCGCCUUUGCCGGAGCUGUCAUGUCGGCCAAGGCAACUUCUAUGAGCGUGCUCAUCGGAGGCGGUAUCCUGAUUGGAACGACGCUAUCCACGAUUUCCAUCGUCCAGGCCAUCCCUUCGGAAAUCCUCCCCCUCAAGUAUCGGCCAAUUGCAAAUGGACUGGCUUUUAUCGGCGGCGCUGUUGGUAGCAUCAUCGGCUCUUUGGGAGCCGGGGCUGUCACAAAUGCCAACGCAUCUGGAUGGAGGUAUAUCUUCUGGAUGCAGGCUGCAUUCCACGGGGCUACCUCCGUGGCACUGUUCAUCUUUUACUGGCCACCCAAGCGAGCUGAAUAUCCCCGGAUGUCUAUCAAAGAAUGCCUGUGGGCCUGUGACCCUAUUGGGUCCGUCCUCUACAUCGCCAGUGUAUCGCUCAUGCUGCUAGCCCUGAACUGGGCAGGGGGGACCUAUCCGUGGUCCGAUGCCCACGUAAUUGGCCCGCUCGUUGCUGGUCUAGCCUUGCUUGUCUUCUUUGGUUUAUACGAAUGGAAGGGAAGAUCAGACGGCCUAGUGGCCCAUAUCUUCUUCCGACAAAACGCAAACUUUGCCCUCUCUGUUUUCGCUUUUGGAGUAGAGGGCUGGGUCUUUUAUUCGGCUGUCAACUCUAUAGUGCCACAGAUCAUCCUUCACUUGGGCUUUGAGACAGACCCAUGGCAAAUUUCGGUCAGGAUCCUCGGCUUCACGCUAGUGAAUCUCGGUCUUUCGAUUCCUAUCAUGCUCUAUGCCACUAAGUUUAAAGAUCUCAAGUCUCCUCUCAUUAUGUCCUUUACUUUCUUCAUCGCUGUAUCAAGUUGCUACGCUGCCAUCCGACCAUCAUGGAACACCGCCCAGCACGUUCUCAAUGUUCUUACGGGCAUCGGACAGUCAGGACCUUUGACGCUCCUGGUCGCUUGCGUUCAAUUCACCGCUCCGCACGCAUACUUGUCCACGGCUACCGGACUUGCUUUUUCCAUUCGUGCAAUUGGCGGAGCAUUUGGAUCUGCUGUUCUCGAUGCAAUAAUCAACGGUCGGCUAACCUCACAUUACGCUCCUGCGGUAGGCAAGGCGGCCGUGACUGCAGGGUUGCCGGAAAAGAGUGUGCCGGCCUUGCUGCAGGCCCUGGCCACAGGCGAAAUCGGGUCCAGUGAUGUCGAGGGCGCCACCAGUGCGGUAUGGAAUGCUGCCAUAUCGGAGAGCAGAUGGCAAUAUGCGCAUGCCUAUCGUUUGGCCUGGUCAAGCGUUAUCCCAUUUGCUGUCUUGGCUCUUGUUGCUGUUGCUUGCCUUAAGGGUGUCAAAGAGCUGAUGACUGAGAAGGUAGAGGCUACAGUAGAGCAUAUCGGGCAGCACGGCAAGGCGGAUGUAGAUGAGAAGGGGGGCAGUUAGCAUCAGCGGCCGUCAACAAUAAACAUGUCUCAUCUCUCCACUGUUCACUCCCACAAAACUCAGCCAGGCAAGGCGCCUCGUGUCGAGCUCUCCGCCGAGGAGGAGGAUACCUUCAAGACAAGCGACUAUGGCUCGCGGUUCGCGUGCAUGGAGCUGCCGCGCCAUCAGCUACCCAAUAGUGAGAUGCCACGCGACAUUGCGUAUCGCCUGAUCAAGGAUGAACUCAGCCUGGAUAAUAACCCGGCCCUCAAGUAUGUAGUUAUGUGCUUGGUACGCCUGUUGCGAUUUCGCUGACUGGUUGAAAGCUUGGCGUCCUUUGUCACCACUUACAUGGUAACUCAGUCUAUCUCUAUAUCUGCCCAUCCCAUCAGACACAUUAACCAGCAUGGCAUCUCACAGGAAGAUGAAGUCGAGAAGCUAAUGACGGAAUCUUUUUCCAAAAACUUCAUCGACUAUGAAGAAUAUCCCCAAUCCGCUGAUAUCCAGAACCGCUGCGUCAGCAUCCUCGGAAACCUCUUCCAUGCCCCGGCUGGCGUUUCCGUGGGCACUUCUACUGUCGGCUCGUCUGAAGCCAUCAUGCUCGCCGUGCUCGCUAUGAAGAGGCGCUGGAAGACGCGUCGUCUCGCCGAUGGAAAAUCGGUCGACAAGCCCAACAUGAUCAUGUCGUCGGCCGUGCAGGUCGUCUGGGAGAAGGCGAUGCGUUAUUUCGAGAUCGAAGAAAGGUUCAUCUAUUGUGACCCUGAUCGCUACGUCAUUGAUCCUGAACAAGCUGUUGACCUUUGCGACGAGAAUACCAUCGGGAUUUGUGCCAUCCUUGGAACGACUUACACCGGCCAGUACGAAGACGUCAAGGCGCUGAAUGACCUUCUUAUCGAACGCAAAGUCGACGUGCCUAUUCACGUUGAUGCCGCAAGUGGCGGCUUCGUUGCUCCGUUUGUUGUACCCGAGCUAGAAUGGGAUUUCCGAUGUGAAAAGGUUGUGUCCAUCAACGUGUCUGGCCAUAAGGUACUAUCAUUCAUUGCAACCAUGACUGUUAGUCCUGCUAACCUGUUCAACAGUAUGGCCUUGUUUACCCCGGCGUUGGCUGGGUUAUCUGGCGGGCUCCCGAGUAUCUUCCCCAAGAACUCGUGUUUAAUAUCAACUAUCUUGGUGCCAAUCAGUCGUCCUUCACCCUCAACUUCUCCAAAAGCGCAUGCCAAGUCAUCGGCCAGUAUUACCAACUCAUCCGCCUCGGUAGGCACGGCUACCAUAGUAUCAUGAGUAAUCUCACCCGUAAUUCCGACUACCUCGCCGACGCCAUCGAGAAGCAGGGCUUCAUCAUCAUGUCAGAGCGCAACGGGGCAGGCCUGCCACUUGUUGCCUUCCGCUUCGGUACACCCGAGGACGACGGCAGUGACGAGCAGGGCAGGCAUUACGAUGAAUUUGCGCUUGCCCAUCAUCUUCGAUCUCGCGGAUGGGUGGUUCCAGCAUACACUAUGGCUCCCAAGUCCGGAGUCAAGAUGUUGAGGAUUGUUGUGAGGGAGGGCUUUACACGGUCCCGGUGUGACUCGCUGAUAAGUGACAUUGCCCUUUGUUGUCGGCUUCUCAAAGACAUGGACAAGGAAAGCUCCAAAAGGUUUGAAGAGUAUAUCAAUAAGCACCUCACAGCUCUGGGUAAGAGUGAUGGUGCUCAUCCCGAAUACAAGGUCAGUCUCCCUCCAUGGACGCAACUAUUGGAUCUGUAUCAAGUCAGGAACCACUAACACGGGACAGGACGAGACCCAUUCUCUUCAGGGAAAGAUGGGAAAGACACACGCAGUUUGUUAG